UUGAUUUUCUGCCAGUUACUCGUUGUCAUUUAACGAACUUCCAAUUGCUACUCGUUGUAUCGAAACUGUCAUUUUCCGCGAAUCUUACCUCACAAGUGAAUCGAGUGAAAAAAUAAACAACAGUCAAAUGGCUCUCCGUGGUAUCAGUGUUUCCAUGCAGCGUCAGCUGUUCAAGCAAUUGCUCAAGACUGCUCAGAGCGGCAGUGUUGCCUCCGUUCAUACAUUGGAUAAGAUUGGCAACCGAGAAAUUGUCGGUCACGGCUGGAACGGUACUGCUUGCUAUGCCGAUCGUACAGAUUACCCAAUGCCAGCGAUUCGCUUCCGCGAGGUGAACAAUGAAAUCAAGGCAUUGCGCGAAAAGGAGAAGCAGGAUUGGAAAAAACUCAGCCAUGAGGAAAUUAAAGCACUUUAUCGUGCUAGCUUCUGUCAAACAUUCGCUGAGAUUCAAGCUCCAACUGGUGAAUGGAAACAACACUUGGGCAUGGGUCUUAUCUUUACCAGUUUAGCCAUUUGGAUUGCUAUCCUGAUGAAUUUGUUCGUGUACGAUGAAUUGCCAGUUACCUUCGAUGAAGAACAUCAAAAGGCGCAAUUAAGGCGUAUGAUUGACUUGGAAGUCAAUCCAGUCACCGGUUUGACCUCCAAAUGGGAUCACGAAAACAAGAAAUGGAAGUAAAUCGAACGAGCUAAUUGUGUUAAAUUGUGCUACUUCUGCACCUAAUUAAUAAGUCUAAAGCAAUUCAACUCUACAAAAUAUACCAACAAAAAUUGUAAUAAUAAAAAUAUGUAAACGUUAUUGCUACAUAUAUUGUAUUUAAAAUAACUUUAAACAGUAUGUGAAGAAAGAUAAAAAUGCUAAUUAGAAGCUUUAGUGAAAAUUUGAAAUAAUGAAACGUGACACAACUUACAAUUGUCGAGUUUUAACAAAAUACAUCCAAACUAUAAAAAAAAA